UGUCGUUCGGAGCUGCCCUCGGCGCCUCGGCGAGCCGCCUGUGGGAGGCUUCGGGCGGCCAGGAGGAGCAGCCGGCAGUCGGUCUUCUCGGCCGGCUUCCGGCGGUGCCGGUUCCGAACGUCCACGCCGCGUACGAACUGACGGUGCGUGCCCGUGGUGACGUCACUUGGAGGUUUUGGCAACCAUCCAGUUCAAGUCAAAUCAAAUGAAAUGCCUCCUGCCGACACGUUUGAGCCGGCCUUCCGGGGGCGCUGUGAUGAAAUACGGCUUCCCGUCGCUGUCCAACGUUCGCACGAGAGAAUCCUACGUGAGCUCGUACGACCCCCGAACCAGGACGCCCGCGUGGGUCAUCGAGAGGCUCGGCGGCGACACGCUCGGCGGGAACGCCGACAGGAAGCGCUGCGACUUCAAGGAGGACGACAGGUCAGACGCGUGCGAGAGUGCGCAGGUGUCAGCGUGUGCGUGCGUGCAACAUGCACACGAGUGUCAGCGUGUGUGCGUCCCUGCAGCGUGCACGUUUUCCACCGCGCCACCAACGGCGACUACAGGGGGAGCGGCCUCGACAGAGGUCACAUGGCGGCGGCGGCCAAUCACAAGUGGAGCCAGAAAGCCAUGGACGACACCUUCUACCUGACCAACGUAGCCCCUCAGAACCCUCACAUGAACCAGAACGCGUGGAACAAUCUGGAGAAGUUGUGUCGCUCGCUCACCAAACUUUACGCCAAUGUCUACGUGUGCACCGGCCCGCUCUACCUGCCCAGGCAGGAAGCAGAUGGCAAGCUUUACGUCCACUAUCAAGUCCUGGGUCCGAACCACAUCGCCGUGCCGACGCACUUCUUCAAGGUGUUGGUCUUGGAGCGUGACGGCACGCAGGGCGGCGUGGAGCUACGUUCGUACGUUCUUCCCAACGAGCCCGUGGACGAGAAGAUCCCUCUGGAGCGUUUCCUGGUUCCUAUAGAAACCAUCGAGAGGGCGUCGGGCCUCCUGUUCCUACCAAACAUCCUCAGGACCAGCGGCGGCGCCGUCACCGCCGCCGCCAACAAAUAGAAGUCGGACGCCAUCGCCGUCACCGAAUGCGCUUGAUGCGGCGGACGCUCGCGAGGAGUCAACUUCCCGCUCAAUGGGUUCUGGCCCGUGUUGGCUUCCGGGGGCGCCGGUGAACAAAACUGACGGGACAAGUGUGGACUUUGCCAGUCCUCGUUCGGGAUGACGUCAUCAACUAUUUGACUCAUGAAAUAAAAGCUAAGCAAACAAUCUAACCGAAAUGAAAACAGUGUGGCUGACGCAAACAGAUGGCAGCUGACCAGGACGCAGCUCGAGCUCGUUCCAAUCUGGGCUCCACAACUGUCAACUUAGCAUGCUGUUAGCUGUUAGAAGUAAUGUGUUUUUUGCCGGUUAAUACGGCUAUAUUGAUGUGAAGUCCAAGUUUAAAGAACAAUAUGUAUUGACCCUAAAUGCUAACUCGCGAUUGUACGUCACUUCCGGUUUUGGGUUCGAACGUCACGAUAAAGGUAUACACUCGUGUGACAAUGAUAAUAGUUAAGGAAACGAACUGUAUUACUGUAAAUGGAUGCUAUGUAUGAUACAAUGUGUUACAAAGUGUAUAGUUGAUACUGUUUCUUAAGUGAAGACAUAAGACACUGUUAAGAUAGCCAGGUGUUGUGUAUUAAAAAUAGGCACCGGAGCAGUCACAGUACGGUGAAUGAGACGAGAUGCAACAGUCGUGCUGACGCAUUGUGUUUUUGUUUUCUGUUAACAGAAUUCUCCUUCCCCCCGGUAAAAAACAAAAAUAAAUGUGUUGCACUUGGA